GUAGUUUUCGCAGCUUAGCGUGGCUUAGCUUACGUUCUUAGUCCUUACGUAUCUGACUUUUGUAAACUCAACCCACAGAUAAAUAACAACUAUACUGUGCUCAACCUCUGUAUAUUGUGUGUGGUAUAUUGUAUAUACUAUACUCUACUCCUACUCAAUCUCAUCUGAAUAUGGAUAUUAUGGAAGGUAAAGUUGAACUUAAGAAAGAGUAUGACCAAAAUAAUAUAGAGCUAUCCACAUCAGCAGAUCUAGAAGAUUUGAAAAAUGAAACAGGGGAAGAUUACCCAGCUAUGGAAGGUAAAGUGGAAAUUAAGAAAGAAUUUGAAGAGUUUGACCAAAAUGAUAAAGAGCUAUCCUCAUCAAUAGAUGUGGAAGAUUUAAAAAAUGACCCAGGGGAAGAUUACCCAGGUUGCCUUCAGAAGGACAACAGUUAUAAGAAAAUUAUGAAAACUAAAAAUGAAAAGUAUAACACUAUUUUCACUAAAGAAACAACAGUUAAUACGAAUAUGAAAUUUAAGACCGGCCAAAGACCCUACAUGUGUCACAUUUGUUUAAAGCAGUUUUCUCGAACACAUCAUAUGAAAACACAUUUGAUGACACACACUGGAGAAAAACCUUACAAGUGCGAAAUUUGCUUAAAGCAGUUUUCUCAACUAGUACAUAUGAAGCGACAUAUGGGAAUACACACUGGAGAAAAACCCUACGAGUGCGAAAUUUGUUUUAAGCGGUUUACUGGAAAAGGUGGUUUAAAAAUACAUUCGACAUCGCACACUGGGGAAAAACCUUAUAACUGCGAAAUUUGUUUUAAGCAGUUUACUCAAUUAAGUAAUUUGAAAACACAUUUGAGAGUGCAUACUGGAGAAAAACCUAACAAGUGUGACAUUUGUUUUAAACAGUUUAGCGAUGCAAGUUGCCUUCAGGAGGAGAACAGAAUGAAAAUUAUGAAAACAACUGAAUCUUCAUCUAAAGGAAAAUAUCGAUUAGAUUAUCAGUUUACUCGAUUAGGUAAUAUAAAACAACAUAUGAAAUUGCACACUGGGGAAAAACCUUAUAAGUGCGAAAUUUGUUUUAAGCAGUUUUCCCGGAAAGAUAAUUUAAAAAUCCAUUUGAGAAUUCAUACUGGAGAAAAUCCUUACAAGUGCGAAAUUUGUAUUAAGCAGUUUAGUGAUGCAAGUAAUUUAAGAAGACAUUUGAAAUUGCAUACUCUGGAAAAACUUUAUAAGUGCGAAAUUUGUUUUAAGCAGUUUUCUCGGAAAGAUAAUUUAAAACUCCAUUUGAGAAUACAUACUGGAGAAAAUUCUUACAAGUGUGAAAUGUGUUUUAAGCAGUUUCCCAGGAAAGAUAAGUUAAAAAUCCAUUUGAGAAGUCAUACUGGAGAAAAUCCUUAUAACUGUGAAAUUUGUUUUAAGCAAUUCUCUUUGAAAAAUGGUUUGAAAAAACAUAUGAUGACACACACUGGAGAAAAACCUUAUAAGUGUGAAAUUUGUUUUAAGCAGUUUUCCCGGAAAGAAGUUUUAAAACUACAUUUGAGAAUUCAUACUGGAGAAAACUCUUACAAGUGUGAAAUGUGUUUUAAGCAGUUUCCCCGGAAAGAUAAGUUAAAAAUCCAUUUGAGAAUUCAUACUGGAGAAAAUCCUUACAAGUGCGAAAUUUGCAUUAAGCAGUUUAGUGAUGCAAGUAAUUUAAGAAGACAUUUGAAAUUGCAUACUCUGGAAAAACUUUAUAAGUGUGAAAUUUGUUUUAAGAAGUUUUCCCGGAAAGAUAAUUUAAAAAUCCAUUUGAGAAUUCAUACUGGAGAAAAUCCUUAUAACUGUGAAAUUUGUUUGAAGCAAUUCUCUUUGAAAAAUGGUUUGAAAAAACAUAUGAUGACACACACUGGAGAAAAACCUUAUAAGUGUGAAAUUUGUUUUAAGCAGUUUUCCCGGAAAGAAGUUUUAAAACUACAUUUGAGAAUUCAUACUGGAGAAAAUUCUUACAAGUGUGAAAUGUGUUUUAAGCAGUUUCCCCGGAAAGAUAAGUUAAAAAUCCAUUUGAGAAUUCAUACUGGAGAAAAUCCUUACAAGUGCGAAAUUUGCAUUAAGCAGUUUGGCAAUGCAAAUCAUUUAAGAAGACAUUUGAGAUUGCACACUGGCGAAAAACCUUAUAAGUGCGAAAUUUGUUUAAAGCAGUUUUCCCAGAAAGAUAAUUUAAAACUCCAUUUUAGAAUUCAUACUGGAGAAAAUCCUUACAAGUGCGAAAUUUGUAUUAAGCAGUUUAGUGAUGCAAGUAAUUUAAGAAGACAUUUGAGAUUGCAUACUCUGGAAAAACUUUAUAAGUGCGAAAUUUGUUUUAAGCAGUUUACUCAAUUAAGUAAUUUGAAAAGACAUUUGAGAGUGCAUACUGGAGAAAAAUCUAACAAAUGCGAAAUUUGUUUUAAGCAGUUUACUUCAUUAGGUAAUGUAAAACAACAUAUGAAAUUGCACACUGGGGAAAAACCUUAUAAGUGCGAAAUUUGUUUUAAGCAGUUUACUCAAUUAAAUAAUUUAAAAAUACACAUGAGAUUGCACUCUGAAUAAAAGCUUUAUAAGUGUGAAGUUUGUUUUAACAGUUUCCCCGGAAAGAUAAGUUAAAAAUCCAUUUGAGAAUUCAUACUGGGGAAAAACCUUAUAAAUGUAAAAUUUGUUCAUUUUUUAAAGGAAAUUGCUGACAAACAAUGUGACAAUCAGUCAGUUGAAACAUUUCUCUCCAACUCGAGAGCAGUUCAAUAUUACAUUUACCGGUAAUCAAGUUAAAGUAUAAAUAACACGCGUCAAUAUUUUAAACGUAUUUGAACAAUCCCCGUACUUCGUAGGAAAUAAAUGGAAGACAGAGAGAAUGAAAGAUACAUCCCAUCAAAUAAAUAUUGGACAUUGAUAUAUGUUAUUCAAAAUCACCAAUAUUUAACACGCUACUUUGUAACCUCGGAACACGAGGACGGACGUCCGUCUGGCGGACGGCAGCCAGAUGGUUGGUGGAGAGCGAGUCGUGGGUUCGAAACUAGCUUUUGGAACCGGGAAUGGGUCCAACGGAAGAAAUAGGUAAAGAUAGGAUAAGAGAUAUUAGAAAAGAUACAGAAAUAAACAAAAAGAUAGAUGGGUAAAAUUACCAAAGAUAAGAGAAGAUAGAAACAGGGCGCCACUCAAUUUUUUGGGGUUAAGGAGAAAAUUAAGAAAACCUUAGAAAAGAAAAGAGAUAAGAAAAGAUAUUUAGGUUCAGAGAUCAAACCCAAGGAAAGAUACCAACAGUAAAUUAUCAAAUAAAUCUGGUCAACGCAAUAUAUAAACAAAUAAUAAAUAUAUUAAGAAUUACACUUACUUACCUACGAAACUUAAUCAGCCUGAUCUUUCUACAGUUCAAAAGCAUAUUAAUAUUUAAAGAUAGUAAUUGUUCAGAGCUAUUAUUUUAUCAGGGAACUUGUUAGGAGCCGACAAAUAAAAUACAUGCAUAAAACAUUAACAAUAUAUUAAACACAAAAUUAUGAUGCUGCUAAAUGCAACACAAGUAAUAAAAAUACACAACUAUGAAAUGGUGUUAUAUAUGUAUAAAAUUAAGCAAUAAUGUAAUAAAAAAAUACCUUUUGUUAAUGUAAUACCUUUUUGUUUGUUAAUGUAAUAUCUGAUAUUAUGUAAUACAUUUAUAUAUAAAAAUGCGUAAGUGUAUAAUAUAUUUUUGGACAGAGAAAAUAUAUAUCUUUUGGCAUAG